AGCUAAAUUAAUCUGUCUAUACUAAUUUUCAACCUAAUCAAUUCAAGAUCCCUCUCCGAAUCACCGGCCUAGUCUGGAUUGUUUUUACUCAGUACUCUUAUAAACCCUAGAAGUGGUCAAAAGAAAGGAUAGGAACCAUGGAACCUUCGCCUGGAUGCCCUGUUUCGCACCAACACCGUCCGAUGAUCCUCUAUCCGCAUCACCACCAUACAAUCCUCUGCCCUGCCCACCACUAUCACCAUCAUACAAAAAGCUGCCCUCUCCAUCAUCACCGCCAUCACUAUACAAUAAGCUGCCCUCUCCACCACCACCACCAUCACCAUCAUCACCACCUCAUUACUCACCAUUCUCACGUAAGCCCUACUUUAGCUCCUCUUGAGUCCACAACCGCGCCAAACGAAACCCACCAUUCUGGCAAUCCGGCGUUGCAAGAGCAAGACUAUGGACAACUGCAAGAGGAAGAAGAAGAGGAUGAUGAGGAAGAUGAGCCCAUUUUUGUUCUAACAGAUGAAUGGAGGGAGUUUUUUGCAAAAUCCGAAGCAAAAAGAAAAUUGGAGAAGAAGCAGGCUAAGAAGAAACAGAAAAACUAAAUUCUGGAAAUGAUGCAAGAUUCUUGACUCUACCACCUCGUUUGUCACUCAAAUAUAGACAUAUCGCGGGUCGAAGUUAGUCCGAGUCAGUUUUAGAUUAUAAUGUUUUCAGGUUUGAGUUCUUUCAUGUUUAGACCAAAUUGGGUUUGGCUCAAUUUACAAGGCUUAGAUAAAAUAUUUGAAUUAUAUACUAAAAGAAAAUCUCAAAUGAAUACUUCGGCAUUCACUCUAAUAAUCUUUCUACAUGCUUUUAAUAGUACCAUUGUAAUAUCAUAGAGGUAUGGGUUAAAUCAAACCAGACAUCUCCAUGCUUUCACUUCUUUCUUAAUAUAGUCAACCAACGUGGCGAUAAUAGAUAAUAUACAGUCAUGCAUCACACUGGUGUUAGGUAUUUGUCUUCAACCAUCUAAGGAUUAAAAUCGAGUUUGCUGAAAGCAGCGUUGAUUCGUUCAUCAGAAAUUUUGUAGUUU